AUGCCCAUAUCGUGUCUACGGUCUGUCAACGAAGUCAUUCCAAUUGUUGGUGAUCUCGCCGACACUGAGAACACUCUGCGAGACAUUCUUUCCUAUAGUUCAAGGUGGGAUGUCAUCGUGACCUGCACCGAACCUGGGAAGACAGACAAGGUUGCUGAGGCUGAACACUGGAACGCGCUCUUCAAGUUGGUUGUCGGCCUUACCGAAACAUCAAACCAAGUAGCAUCUGCUUCGCCUGAGUUCAGGCGCCCUUAUGUGCUGUGGUCCUCGGGCUGCAAGGACUAUGGCACCACUCGUUUCCUCGGCGACCCGGACCUACGGCCCCAUUCCGAGACGUCGUCACUUGAUGCGCCUGCUCCUAUACGAGGCCGAACAGACGCUGCCUUGAAGGCCUUAGAGUUGGCGCAAAAUAGCCGCAGCGGAGGGUCGCCGGGGUUCGAUGUUGCCAUCGUUCGAGCGACACCUAUUUACGGAUACAGUGCAAGUUACUUUGGUGCAGCGUUCGAAUAUGCCUCCUACGCCAAGAACGCCAAGUCUUCCAACGAAUCCAUCGCGGACGGCCAGACUCUUGAUUUCGCUGCGGAUGCAGAGACCAUCUUGCACUCACUUCACGUUGACGAUUGUGCAGACGCUUACGUGGCGCUGGCCACGACGGCACUCCUUGACAAUGUGAACGGCAAGGGGAACGCAAACGUCGCAGAGGGGGUAUUCAACGUCUCCGGCCGGCGCUAUGAGACGUUGCGGGAGGUCGGCAUGGCGUUGGCGGCUGAGUACGGCUUCCUCGGUGGGGCCCGCUUCGGCCUAUCCCUGGACGAGAUCUCAGGGCCAAUAAACGACCUGACAGGUCAGUUGGUCUUUGGGUGGAGUCAGUGGGUUGCUAGCGACAAAAUCAGGGCCGUUACGGGCUGGACGGAUAAGCGGCCGCUGUUCUCCGAGAAUCUGCGGGUAUACCGCUUGGCGUAUGAGGCUGCAAAGGUCCAGGGUAAUGACAAUGUGGAUAGCAUCUCGAGGCGUAUGGCGGGGGACUGGAGUGAGAGGAAAUAA